UCUGAUUGGUCGAUAACUUGAGGGGGCGUGACCCUGGUGCCAGUCAGGGGAAGUGUUGAAAGUUCAUUUUGGAACGCUCAAACCCGACGUGACGUAAAUACUGCAGAUCGUGGCCGACAACCGAUUGUAGCAAACGUAGGUACCUAAUGCUAAUGAUGGCUGCUUUCCGUGGUUCUGUGGGCUUUUGCGCCUCUCGUCUUCACACAAGCAGUCGUUCCCCUGCAAAACAGCAUUACAAAAUGUUGGUGCUAGGGGGAGGAAGUGGAGGAAUUGCAAUGAGUGCACGCAUGAAGAGGAUGCUGGGAGCUGAGAAUGUGGCAGUAGUGGAACCUAGUGAGAUGCAUUACUACCAGCCCCUGUGGACUCUGGUUGGGGCCGGUGCUAAAAGUUUAGCUACAUCGGGAAGGCCCACAUCAAGUGUUAUGCCAUCAGGUGUCAAGCUGGUGAAAUCUAAAGUUGAGGAAAUAAACCCGGAUGCAAACACCGUGCGCACUGAUGACGGGUCUGAGAUCUCUUAUGAUUAUCUGAUUGUCGCUCUUGGUUUGCAGCUUCAUUUUGAGAAGAUUAAAGGUCUUCCUGAAGGAUUUGAACAUCCAAAAAUUGGAUCCAAUUAUUCACUUGAAACUGUGGACAAAACUUGGGCGGCCUUACAAUCCUUUAAAGAAGGCAACGCUGUAUUCUCUUUCCCAAACACACCGGUUAAAUGUGCUGGAGCUCCACAGAAGAUAAUGUACCUCUCAGAUGCUUUCCUCAGAAAGACAGGAAAGCGGGCAAAAGCAAAUAUCAUUUACAACACUUCGCUUCCUGUGAUAUUUGGGGUUAAGAAAUAUGCUGACUCACUUUGGGAUAUUGUCAAACAACGGGAUAUCAAUGUGAACUUGAGGCAAAAUCUGAUUGAAGUGCGUGCGGACAAACAAGAAGCUAUCUUUGAGAAUCUUGACAAACCGGGUGAGACGAGUGUCAUUCAGUACGAUAUGCUUCAUGUUACCCCACCCAUGGGACCCAACUCUGUGAUAAAAAGCAGCCUACUGGCCGAUGAGGGCGGCUGGUUGGAUGUCGACAAGGACAACCUUCAACACAAGAAGUACCCAAACGUGUUUGGGAUCGGGGACUGCACAAACUUGCCGACUUCCAAAACGGCUGCUGCUGUCGCUGCACAGUCUGCUGUUUUGAACAGAACCAUCAAAAAGAUUUUGAAAAAUGAGAAACCAGAUAAAAAGUAUGAUGGCUACACAUCAUGUCCGUUGGUUACAAGCUACAACACGGUUGUUCUGGCCGAGUUUGACUACAAUGGUGAACCACUGGAAACGUUCCCCAUCAACCAAGCCAAGGAAAGGAGACUCAUGUACCACAUGAAAGCUGACGUGAUGCCCCACCUCUACUGGCACGGGCUCCUCACGGGCUUAUGGGGUGGGCCAGAACCAUACAGGAAACUCCUGCAUCUUGGGAUGAAGUGAUUCCUGAUGAUGAAUGAUCAGUGGGGAAAAGCCGCUUUUACUUUACAGGAUAUAAGUAAGAUUUAGCUUUCAUAUUGCUGACAAAUAAAAUGGCUUUGCUUGAUUGUAUUUAGAUUCUACUAAAGACAGCAUAAUAUUUGUUUCAUACAGUUUAACUUGCAACGUGUGGAUUUUGUCCAAGUUGUGUUAAUGUACGUGAAUGUUAAAAACGGAACAUUAGUCAUAUUUGCUGGAUCGCAGUUGGACUUCCUUGUGUAUCGCAAUGUGUUUCCACGCCAAACUAUGAAUGUGAAUGAAAACCGACUCAAAGUUU